AUGUUCUCGUCGCUGGUGCACCGGCUCAAUCGUGCCAAGCAGCAGGCGCCGCUGCUGAAUCGGCUGCAUCUGAACUUCAUCUUUGUCCACUAUUUCUAUGUUUUCUCCUUCGUCAUCAUCGGCUCGAUCAUCCUCUAUGCCGGCGGCAAUCUUGCUUAUGUCGAUGCCCUCUUUCACGCGGCCGGGGCUACCACGCAGAGUGGUCUCAACACCGUCGACGUGAACCAGAUGUAUCUCUAUCAGCAGAUUGUGUUGUACUUCAUUGCCAUGAUGUGCACCCCGAUCUUCAUUCACAGCGGACUGGUGUUUGUUCGCCUGUAUUGGUUCGAGAAGCGCUUUCAGCAUGUAGUGCAGGACGCUCGUGCUUUACGCUCCACCCGAUCACGGGUGCGGACAGUCACCAGCGACAAGGACCACCGAGAGACCGACCGGGGUGAACAAGGCAUCCGAGGUCGAUCCAUCGUCGUGCUCCGAAACAACGCCGGGGACGCACGAGGAAAUCGACUCCCGAAUCCGAUGGGGCAACCGGCCGAGUUGCAGACGGAGGAGGAGACAACUGACGGGAACCCGUCGAGUGAAGCAACCAGCCCCGAAGAAUCCCGCGAGCCGACCGUGGAGCGCCGCUUCGGCCUGGGCAGUCUGCGGGUGCCUUCUCAGCUGAGCCCUGAACAUCACAUUGCCUUCCUGGAAAAGCAGCGCAAGAACAAAGGCGCCCUCCGAAUCCCCAGUCCCCGCGAAUAUGAUCGGGGAGGGCAACCCGAAGCGUUGGAGGACGAAGAUGUCAAUGAGGAGGACCCGGACGCCAACAAACAACCCACGAGCCCACAAUCCCCGCGCCACCGCACACAGACCGAAUCCAGCGAGAACGAGCAAACUGGUCCGUUGGAGGGACCCCAUAUUACCAUCAACGAGCCCGAUCUACCGCGCACUCGUACGCGUGGAGAUACAUUUGCGCGGCUCGAUACCCGCCCCACCAUCCACGAAGAAGUCACCAAGGACGGGGAUGAAAAUGCCCUUGGGCCCAGCAACACUCGUGGCACGUUCCGCGGUAUUUUUCGUUCCCUCACGCAGGAACGGGAACGGCCGACCCAGCCUUAUCUCAGCUGGAAUGCGACGGUGGCCCGGAAUUCCAACUUUGUCGAUCUAACCGAGGAGCAGCGAGACGAGCUGGGGGGCAUUGAGUAUCGUGCUCUGAAGACGCUGGCUGUGGUCCUCAUCACCUACUACGUCGGUUACCAUCUGCUCGGGAUCAUCUGCAUCAUGCCUUGGAUCCUCACCGAGAACUAUUGGGGCCAGAUCGUGGCCGCGGACGGAUUGGGACGACCCUGGUGGGCCAUUUUCACGGCGGGUUCGGCGUUCAACGAUCUAGGCUUCACGCUGACACCCGACUCCAUGAUAUCCUUUCAAACCGCAAUUUUCCCCUUACUCCUGUUCACGUUCCUCAUCAUCAUUGGCAACACAGGAUUCCCAUGUAUGCUGCGCUUGAUGAUCUGGGUGAUGUCUAAAUGCGUCCGUGAAGGUUCGGCCUUGUGGGAAGAGUUGAAGUUCCUGCUGGACCACCCCCGCCGAUGCUUUACACUUUUAUUCCCCCGAAAUGCAUCUUGGUGGCUAUUUGCGAUUUUGGUUGCGCUCAACGGCAUCGAUUUGAUCUUUUUCAUCAUCCUGGAUCUCAACGACCCCACUGUAACAGCCCUGUCUCCCGGAAUUCGAGUUGUGGAUGGUCUGUUUCAGGCUGCCUCCACUCGUACCGCCGGAUUUUCCGUGGUCAGUUUGUCGGCGCUGCAUCCUGCCAUUCAAGUUUCGUACUUGAUCAUGAUGUACAUCUCCGUGUUUCCAAUCGCCAUUUCCAUGCGUCGCACCAACGUGUACGAAGAAAAGAGUUUGGGCAUCUAUGGCUCGGAAGAAGAAAACGACGAGGAAACUCAGACCGCCCCCAGUUACAUUGGCGCUCAUUUGCGGCGGCAGCUGAGUUUCGAUUUGUGGUAUGUCUUCUUGGGUCUUUUCAUCAUCGCUAUCGCCGAAGGCAGUCGUCUUCAGGCCAAUGAUCUCAACUUUCAAGUGUUCUCGGUACUAUUUGAGGUUGUCUCGGCCUACGGUACUGUGGGCCUUUCAUUCGGGUAUCCCGGAGUCAACACUUCUCUUUCCGGUCAGUUCAACACGGUCUCAAAACUGGUCAUCAUCGCGAUGCAGAUUCGUGGCCGUCACCGUGGCCUACCAUAUUCACUCGACCGUGCCGUGAUGCUGCCAUCCGACGCUCUCAAUCGUCAGGAGGUCGAGGAAUCAGAACGCCGCAUGAGGCGGCGGGCAUCUAACUUGAGUGGCGCUGAGUCCUUUAGCCGUCCACGCUCGCGUCGAUUAUCACAGUCUCAGGGAGACAACGGUCUAUCAUCGGGGCUGGACUCAUACGACUGGGAGACUCAUCGCGCUGGGAACGGAGACAGCCUUGUACACCGCUCAUCGACUCUUCGAUCGAACCGAUGA